AUGAAAGGAAUGAAUAUUCUGUUCGCCACCACAAACACCGUCGUCCAUCGGACAUUAUUAUUGUUUUUCAUAUUUUUCACUACCACAGUCUUGAGUGGCAAAUGUCCGGAUGAUUGCGAAUGCGACGAAUUGGAAAAAACGGUGACAUGUGGCGGCUUGUUGCUUCUGACACUUCCGGAUAUUCUUCCAUCAGGAUAUCACACUCUGAUCAUGAGAAACACGAGCAUUCGCUCCGUUCCCAAAAACUCUUUUCGACGAAUGGACGAGUUGCGGGAAGUUCGAUUUGAGAAUUCAGAGCAACUUGAUCAGAUAGACAAGUUCGCCUUCAAAGGAAUGAAAUACAUAAGACUUAUCAGCUUUUCGAACUGUCCACGUCUCCAUGAGAUCUGCAAAGGAGCCUUCUCAGGAAUUUCCAAUAAGCAAGGUUUGAAAAUUCGUUUCCAUGAAACUCCAAUACAACGAAUUCAUGGCGGAGCAUUCAGACAUGCCAAUAACAUUCGUGAGUUAUCCAUAUCUGGAAGUGAUUUGGCGCUAUCCCGGCACGCUUUCGCCUCAAUUACUCAGCUCGAUUUCUUGACGCUAAGUGGCGUCGUGAUGGUUGAACCACAGUUAUUUACAAAUUCAACUCGCUUCCACAUAAUACAUAUCAAAGAGUCGCAAUUUGAAUUAACACCCGAGACAUUCGAAGGAUUAGCUCAUGUUCAUCAGUUAUUAAUACAACGAUGUAAGAUCUCAAGAAUAGCAUCAGGGGCAUUUGAUGGUCUUCAUACAGUGGAAACCAUUGAACUAUUUGAUAAUCAGAUUAAUUCGUUGGCAGCUCGAGCUUUCACCGGAGUGGUGAACUUAGGAAGAUUACGAAUAGCACGUAACAUGAUAAAAUCUCUCGAAACAACUGAGAGCAUACUGUCUGACGCUGUUCAAACACGGUUUGAAGAGAACACAGUUGACUGUGGCUGUCACAUCAAAUGGAUGCAGGCUCAUCCCGAUCGAAGCUUACUUGACUCGAAUUAUUGCGGCUCAUCAGGGGUCUACCGAUCAAUCCACACAUUCUUACGACAUCACUGUGAGAAUAACUAUACAUCCAGAAGUAUCAGCACACAGGCAUCAUCGCGGGUAGAUAAUGGCAGUAUCAACACCAAAUCCAAUUCUCAAUCUAUGCAUCAUCAUUAUAUUAUACUUUCAAUGUUUUACCUCAUUUUUGUUAUUUGUUAA